CGCCCCCUCCCCCGGCCCUCCCCCCACCAUGGCGCGGAGCGAGGUGGCGGCGGCGGGGCCCGGCCCGGGGCCCCCGCGGGCUGGGUACUGGCCCAGGCCCUGACUCCCUGAAGAGAGGAGCUGUUCUGAUCACGUUACACUGCAUUAUCUCAUUUAACCCUUACAACCACCGGAUGAGGUAGGUGCUCUUUUUGUCCUCAUGUUACAGAGGAACACACAGAGGCACAGGGAAGGGCAGUCACUUCACGAGAGUCAUGCAGCAGGGAACUGGGGUGUGAACCUGGGCAGUCGGGUCCAGGCUCUAUCCUGCAGUGCUGCACUGCCUCCCAAUACACGUUAGCACUUUUAUAGCUAGUACUGUUCCUUCAACUGGAGUCCUCCCACAGCUGUAGGGGGCAGAGCUGUGGACUUCUGUACCAUAGAUCGGGGUUCUGAGCCCUAGAUACCCCCCAGCCAGGUAGGUGUAGUGCAGGGCCUUGGAACUCAGGAGUUCCUCCUUCCAGGCCAGGGUUUUCGGUCCAAUGCAGUGUCCCAGAGGAAGUGCAAGACAGAGCAGCGGAGGCCUCAGAGAUGGUGGGGCUCCCUGAUCCUGCCUCUUUUCUCUCCAGCCCGGUCGCGGUCUCCUUCAGUCUCUGUCUGUCUCUGUAAGGCGCUUUCCCCCUCUUCCUGACUCUCUCGUCCACUCUUCAUCUUUAUGUCUCCGUCUCCGUUUUCUGUCUCCUCCACUCAUUUUUUCUGUCUCUUGCUCUCUGUCUCUUCACCUUUCUUUCAGAUCCUUUCUCCUUUUUCCUCUCUCUCAGUCUGCCUCUGUUUCUGCCAGUCCAUCUCUCCCUCACUUUUGUCUCUCGCUGUCUCUUCACCUCUCUCCCUGACCCUCUUGGUCCCUCCCCUCCACAGGCUGAAGGAUCAGGGCCACAUCAGGUCACAGCCCUGAACUACAGGUUCCUGGGAGGCGGGCCAGCAGAGACCAAGGUGCAGGGUGGGGUGAAAACAGUUUCAGGGACGGCCCCCUCCUAUCCUUUCCUCUUCACCCCCCACCCAUCCCGUGUUGUGACGGGAGCUGACAUGUCGUGGGCUGCAGCCGCCACGGGGGAAUCCCUGCUGGAAGGUUUUGCCUGGAGCAGAGGCAUAGCAUUAGUGUGUGAGUGUGCGUGUGUGAGCAUGUAUGGGACCUUGCGUGUGCCCACCGAUGUGAGCCCAGAAGUCUGCCCGCUGCUUGGGAGCCCAGAGAACUCUGGAUGGAACCAGGCUCCGAGGACGACUUCCAGAGACUGAGCAGAUGAAGAAACCGAGAUUCAGAGAGAUUCAGACACUCGCCCGAGGUCACACAGCUAGCCGCACCGUCUGCUCCUCCCGCCUUCCCACUGCACCAUGGCUCCAGGCCCCUUCUCAGCGCUGCUCUCGCCACCACCUGCUGCCCUGUCCUUUCUGCUGCUACUCUGGGUGGGGGCGUCUCGCGGCCAGCCCUGCCCUGGCCGCUGCAUCUGCCAGAACGUGGCGCCCACGCUGACCAUGCUCUGCGCCAAGACCGGCUUGCUCUUUGUGCCGCCAGCCAUCGACCGGCGAGUGGUGGAGCUGCGGCUCACCGACAACUUCAUCGCAGCGGUCCGCCGCCGGGACUUCGCCAACAUGACCAGCCUGGUGCACCUCACCCUCUCCCGUAACACCAUCGGCCAGGUGGCAGCCGGGGCCUUUGCUGACCUCCGUGCUCUCCGGGCCCUGCACCUGGACAGUAACCGACUGGCCGAGGUACGCGGUGACCAGCUCCGCGGCUUGGGCAACCUCCGCCACCUGAUCCUUGGCAACAACCAGAUCCGCCGGGUGGAGUCGGAGGCCUUCGACGCCUUCUUGUCCACCGUGGAGGACCUGGAUUUGUCCUACAACAACCUCGAGGCCCUGCCCUGGGAGGCCGUAGGCCAGAUGGUGAACCUCAACACCCUCACUCUGGACCACAAUCUCAUCGACCACAUCGCGGAAGGUACCUUUGUUCAGCUUCACAAACUGGUUCGCCUGGACAUGACCUCCAACCGCCUCCAUAAACUGCCCCCCGAUGGGCUCUUCCUGAGGUCCCAAGGCCCCGGGCCCAAGCCGCCCACGCCACUCACGGUCAGUUUCGGUGGCAACCCCCUGCAUUGCAACUGCGAGCUGCUCUGGCUCCGGCGGCUGACCAGAGAGGACGACCUGGAGACGUGUGCCACCCCUGAGCACCUCACUGACCGCUACUUCUGGUCCAUCCCCGAAGAGGAGUUCCUGUGCGAACCCCCGCUGAUCACGCGGCAGGCGGGGGGCCGGGCUCUGGUGGUGGAGGGCCAGGCGGUCAGCCUGCGGUGCCGAGCCGUGGGUGACCCAGAGCCGGUGGUGCACUGGGUGGCACCUGACGGGCGGUUGCUGGGGAACUCCAGCCGGACCCGGGUCCGAGGGGAUGGGACGUUGGAUGUAACCAUCACCACCUUGCGGGACAGCGGCACCUUCACUUGCAUUGCCUCCAAUGCCGCUGGGGAAGCCACGGCGCCCGUGGAGGUGUGCGUGGUGCCUCUGCCUCUGAUGGCGCCCCCGCCGGCUGCCCCGCCACCUCUCACCGAGCCCGGCUCCUCUGACAUUGCUACGCCCGGCCGACCUGGUGCCAACGAAUCGGCUGCUGAGCGCCGGCUGGUGGCAGCGGAGCUCACGUCCAACUCCGUGCUCAUCCGCUGGCCAGCGCAGAGACCGGUGCCGGGCAUCCGCAUGUACCAAGUCCAGUAUAACAGCUCGGUGGACGACUCCCUCGUCUACAGGAUGAUCCCCUCCACCAGCCAGACCUUCCUGGUGAAUGACCUGGCAGCGGGCCGAGCCUACGACCUGUGUGUGCUGGCAGUCUAUGACGACGGGGCCACGGCGCUGCCAGCCACGCGAGUGGUGGGCUGUGUGCAGUUUACCACGGCUGGGGAUCCGGCGCCCUGCCGCCCACUAAGGGCCCACUUCUUGGGUGGCACCAUGAUCAUUGCCAUCGGGGGCGUCAUCGUCGCCUCAGUCCUCGUUUUCAUCGUUCUGCUCAUGAUCCGCUACAAGGUCUAUGGCGAUGGAGACGGCCGCCGCGUCAAGGGCCUCAGGUCGCCCCCGCGGGUCAGCCACGUGUGCUCACAGACCAACGGGGCAGGUGUGCCGCAGGCCCUGCCCCCGCCGUCGCAAGACCGCUACGAGGCGCUGCGGGAGGUGGCUACGCCGGCUGCGGCCGAAGCGAAGGCCACGACGAUGAUCGAGAUGACCUCCGCAGAGCCGGAGGCGGCCCUUGGACGCUCCCUGGGCGGCUCCGCCACCUCGCUGUGUCUGCUGCCUUCGGAGGAAAUCUCCGGGGAGGAGUCUCGGGCCGCAGUGGGUCCUCGGAGGAGCCGUUCUGGGGCCCUUGGGCCGCCAGCUUCGGCGCCUCCCACUCUAGCUCUGGUUCCUGGGGGAGCCCCGGCCCGGCCCAGGCCUCAGCAGCGCUAUUCGUUCGACGGAGACUAUGGGGCGCUGUUCCAGAGCCACAGUUACCCGCGCCGCGCCCGGCGGACAAAGCGCCACCGGUCCACACCGCACCUGGACGUGGCUGGAGGGGGCGCGGCCGGGGAGGACGGAGACCUGGGGCUGGGUGUCGCCAGGGCACGCCUGGCCUUUACCAGCACGGAGUGGAUGCUGGAGAGUACCGUGUGAGCGGCGGGCGGGCGCCGGGACGCCUGGGCGCGGUGGACAAACGCCCAGCUGUCUGGACGCAGGGGCAGGACUUGGGGAGAAAGCACAGCGUCAAGACCUCUGACUGGAUGGGAGGCAGGCCCUUCUCCUCCCCGGAGGGGGCGCUGCUGCCUCGGUCUGAGGCUCGAGGCCACGCCCCCUGGUCCUGGGCAGUUAGGGGGCGGGCCACCAGGGUCUCCUCCCCCAAAGACUCUUUGCCCACUCCUGCCCUUCCCCCGCGCACUCGCGGACCUCGCUGGAGCCGGUGCCUUACACAGCGAAGCGCGGGGAGGGGCAGGGUCCCACCAACACUGCAGCACUGAGACACGAGCCCUCUCCCCCCGCCCGGGACCCGGGGCGGGGGCGAGGGGCCCAUUUCUUGUAUCUGGCUGGACUAGAUCCUAUUCUGUCCCGCGGCGGCCUCCAAAGCCCCCACCUCCACCCCGUUCACCUCCCUGGUUCUGUCGGGUCUGGCUUGGGGUCCCCUUUUCUCUGUUCCCCGUUUGUCACUGUUCCGCCCUCUGUCUUCUCUGUUCCUUCCUAUUUGUCUCUCUUUUCUCUGCUCCAUCAUCUCUUCUCCUUAUGCCCUCUCAUAUUUUGUCCUGUCUCCAGGUCUCUCCCGAUUACCUAACCCCACUACACAUUCUCCCGGGCAGGUCCCACUGGAUGGACCAGACUCUCCCCAUUCCUUUCUCCUCCCCCAAAUAAAUCCCCACAUGAACAAAGUCCAAAACAAAGUCCUCCUCCAUACCGGAGCCAGGACCUUCCGCCGCAGCAGAAUUAAACUUUUUUCUGUGUCCGAGGCCGCUCUGCUGAUGUCUGUGUGUGUCCUUGUGUCUGGGGGGCCGUGGGGUGUGUGUAUGACCUGGAUUAUACCAGAACGACUGAGACUGAAGGAAGGAUGGCUAACUGGGACCAGGGAGACUUGGAGACAAUUUCCUAUCCUCUGAGAGACCUAGAGGUGGGAAAUAAUAAAAUGAUAAUAGUUAA